UGAGAGGACAACCAGAAAAUACAUACUAGCUGUUUAAAUUAAGCUUCCAAAAAUGAGUGACACCAAUGACGGGCAUGAAGAUCAAUAUGGAUAUCCAGUUGCUGCACAAGCUGGUUAUGUUAAUGUCAAGCUCAAGUACAUGUUAGAUGGUAGCGAGCUUUACUUCAAGAUUAAGCGCGAUGUUAAGUUAAGUAGGGUUAUGUCUGCUUACUGUAAGAGGAAAGAUCUUGAUUUCAGAUACAUCAAGUUCUUGUUUGAUGAGAAGCAAAUCAAUCUGAAUCAGACCCCGGACAAACUUGAGAUGGAAGAAGGUGAUAUAAUUGAUGUGGUGCAGAACCAAAAUGGAGGUGGCUAUGGAAUCACAGCAAAAUGUGAGGAGGAUGCGAAGAAGAACAACAUCAAAAAUGGUGGGGAGGAUAUAUGAAGCUAGCAAGGAAAAUGGAAGGAGUUUGAAGCUCACAGAAGUGUACUAGUAAUUCUACUAAUUAUGUCAGUUAGGACUUUUAAGUUAUUAUGAGUAGGACUGUAGAAGUCUGUUAAGGAUUGGUUCUUGGUUAUUGCAGUGUUUAAAUAGAUGAUUAAAAUUGGUUCUUGCAGUUAUGUUAUUAAAGAUCAAUGGAUAUGAUCAUCCAUGAUAAACUAUAGAGACCUUAAAUUGCAGGGAUGUACUGAUGAUGGAUUAAGUCUGGGAUGGGAAUGAAAGUGUUUCAUUCAUUUUAUGAAGGUUUGUCUUGUUUAUUUGUACAUUGGAUUUCUCUUACCGUUGUCAGCUAAAUAACA